GGAGGGGCGUAUUCACGUCGGCCGCGCGGGACCGUUAAAUUUGAAAUUUGGAGGGUUCGAGGUGGCUGGUUUGCCGAGGAGGCAGGGGCAAACUUUUGUCCCUCUGGUCGCUUCGUUACCUCGAAGGGCAAGUUGCAGAAGGAAGCCCAGGCGGUCUGCGGCCCUGAAGAAAGGCCUGCGGCAGGACGAGGGCCUGAACCGGGAAUGCAGGAUGGCGGCGAUGAAGAAGGAAGGGGGUGCCCUGAGUGAAGCCAUGUCCUUGGAGGGAGAUGAGUGGGAGCUGAGUAAAGAAAAUGUCCAACCGCUAAGGCAGGGGCGGAUCAUGUCCACACUUCAGGGCGCGUUGGCGCAGCAAGAAUCUGCCUCUAACGCUACUCUUCAGCAGCAGAAACGGGCAUUUGAAUCUGAAAUUCGAUUUUACACUGGAAAUGACCCUCUGGAUGUUUGGGAUAGGUAUAUUAAUUGGACAGAGCAGAACUAUCCUCAGGGGGGGAAAGAGAGUAAUAUGUCAACAUUAUUAGAAAGAGCUGUUGAAGCACUACAAGGAGAAAAACGAUACUAUAAUGAUCCCCGAUUUCUUAGUCUCUGGCUUAAAUUGGGACGUUUAUGCAAUGAGCCUUUGGAUAUGUACAGUUAUUUACACAGCCAAGGGAUCGGUGUUUCACUUGCUCAGUUCUAUAUCUCAUGGGCUGAAGAAUAUGAAGCUAGAGAAAACUUUAAGAAAGCAGAUAAGAUAUUUCAGGAAGGGAUUCAACAGAAGGCCGAACCACUGGAACGACUGCAGUCACAGCACCGACAAUUCCAAGCUCGAGUGUCUCGGCAAACUGUUUUGGCACUUGAGAAAGAAGAGGAGGAGGAAGUUUUUGGAUCUUCUGUACCACAACGAAGCACACUGGCUGAACUAAAAAGCAAAGGAAAAAAGACAGCAAGAGCUCCAAUCAGCCGUGUAGGAGGUGCUCUUAAGGCUCCAAACCAGAACAGAGGACUCCAAAAUCCAGUUCCUCAACAGAUGCAAAGUAAUUCCAGAAUUACUAUUUUUGAUGAAAAUGCUGAUGAGGCUUCUAGAGCAGAGUUGUCUAAGCCUACAGUUCAGCCAUGGAUAGCACCCCCUGUGUCCAGGGCCAAAGAGAACGAGCUGCAGCCAGGCCCUUGGAACACAGGCAGGCCUUUGGAAUACAGGCCUCAUGGUGGUACAGCUUCUGUGACCACUAUACCCUCUCUGCUUCCCAGUUUUACUCCAUAUGUUGAAGAAACUGCACAACAGCCAGUGAUGACACCAUGUAAAAUUGAACCUAGUAUAAACCACAUUCUAAGCACAAGGAAGCCUGGAAAGGAAGAAGGAGAUCCUCUGCAGAGAGUUCAAAGCCAUCAGCAAGAGUCUCAGGAGAAGAAAGAAAAGAUGAUGUAUUGUAAGGAAAAGAUUUAUGCCGGAGUCGGGGAGUUCUCCUUUGAAGAGAUCCGGGCUGAAGUUUUCCGGAAGAAAUUAAAAGAGCGAAGGGAAGCUGAGCUACUGACCAGUGCAGAGAAGAGAGCAGAAAUGCAGAAACAGAUUGAAGAGAUGGAGAAGAAGCUGAAAGAAAUUCAAACUACUCAGCGAGAAAGAAUGGGUGAUCAGCAAGAAGAGAAGAUGCCUACAAAGGAGACAGCUGAACUGCAAAUUGCUUCAGAGUCUCAGGAAAUACCAGGAAUGGCUCUAUCCAAUUCUGUUUGUCCAGUAAACUCUUGUGCCAGGGAGACUUCACUUGCAGAAAACUUUUGGCAAGAACCUCAUUCUAAAGGUCCCAGUAUACCUUUCUCCAUUUUUGAUGAGUUUCUUCUUUCAGACAAAAAAAAUACCAGUCAUCCUGCAGAUCCCCCACGGGUUUUAGCCCAACGAAGACCCUUUGCAAUUCUCAAAACUUCAGAAAGCAUCAACUCAAAUGAGGAUGUGUCUCCAGAUGUUUGUGAUGAAUUUACAGGAAUUGAGCCCUUGAGUGAGGAUGCUAUUAUCACAGGUUUCAGGAAUGUAACUAUAUGUCCUAACCCAGAAGACACUUGUGACUUCGCCAGAGCAGCUCGUUUUGUAUCCACUCCUUUUCAUGAGAUAGUGUCCUUGAAGGAUCUCCCUUCUGAUCCUGAGAGACUGCUGCAGGAGGAGGAUCUAGAUGUGAAGAUCUCUGAGGACCAGCAGACUGCUUGUGGCACCAUCUACAAUCCAACUCUCAGCGUCAAGAAGCUCAGCCCAAUUAUUGAAGACAGCCGCGAAGCCACACACUCCUCUGGGCUCUCAGGGUCUUCUGCCUCAGUUACAAGUUCCUCUUCCAUCAGAUGUCUUCAAAUUCCUGAGAAACUGGAACUUACUAAUGAGACUGCAGGUAGCUUCAUACAUACCACCUACAACCCUACUCAGUCACCCUGGUGUCCACAGUAUCGCAGACAACUACUAAAAUCUCUAAUGGAGCUGAGGGCCUCUGCAGAGUUUUUUAUAGAAGAUAGACCAAUGCCUAAGUUGGAAAUAGAAAAGGAAAUUGAAUUGGGUAAUGAAGAUUAUUGCAUUAAACAAGAAUACCUAAUAUGUGAAGAUUACAGAUUAUUCUGGGUGACACCAAGAAACUCUGCAGAGUUAACCAUAAUAAAGGUAUCAGCUCACCCUGUCCCAUGGGACUUUUAUAUCAACCUCAAGUUAAAGGAACGUUUAAAUGAGGAGUAUGAUCAUCUGUGCAGCUGUUACCAGUACCAAGAUGGUUGUAUUGUUUGGCACCAGUAUAUAAACUGCUUCACCCUUCAGGAUCUUCUUGAACACAGUGAACUUAUUACCCAUGAAAUAAUAAUGUUGGUUAUUUAUAACCUUUUGACAAUAGUGGAGAAAUUACACAGAGCAGAAAUAAUCCAUGGUGACUUGAGUCCAAGGAGUCUGAUUCUUAGAAACAGAAUCCACGAUCCCUAUGAUUAUAAUAAGAACGAUCAAGCUUUGAAGAUAGUGGACUUUUCCUACAGUGUUGACCUCAGGGUGCAGCCUGAUGUUUUUAUCCUCAGUGGCUUUCGGACUGUACACAUCCUAGAAGGACAAAAGAUCCUGGCUAACUGUUCUUCUCCCUACCAGGUAGAUCUGUUUGGUAUAGCAGAUUUAGCGCAUUUACUAUUGUUCAAGGAACACCUACAGGUCUUCUGGGAUGGGUCCCUCUGGAAACUUAGCCAAAAUAUUUCUGAGCUAAAAGAUGGUGAAUGGUGGAGUAAAUUCUUUGUACGGAUUCUGAAUGCCAGUGAUGAGUCCACAGUGUCUGUUCUGAGGGAACUAGGAGCAGCAAUGAGUGGGGUGUUUGACACCACGUUCCAAAAUCUCCUGAACAAAGCUUUGUGGAAGGUGGGGAAGUUAACCAGUCCCGGGGCUUUGCUCUUUCAGCAGGAUAGGCAGCCAAAUCUCUCACAGAUUCCUGCCUAAAACCAAUGGUUGUAUUGUGGAACACUGGACCUGUGUAUGCUAUAAUUCAGUUUAGGACAUGUUUAGAUACACUACCAGCACAUUGCUACUUUUUAGUAAAGAUACAGUUCUAGGUAACUGGCAUUUUCUGCAUAGCGCUGUAUCUAUCCUUGGCCUUGUCUAACUAACAAAGAAGUGUUUUAUUCUUCAUGGACUCCAUAUGAAUGGGUACCUUAUUGUCAUUUAACACAUUUGUCUCUACCUUUCCCUGUACAUUUUUCUUUUGUAAUUUGUGACAUGUGCCCUUACGAUCACUAUGUAUUUUUUUUUGAUCACUAUGUAUUUUUAAGUAAUAAAAUAGUAUUUGUUAAAUUUGUGCUUCUAACAUCUCAUCCACUUUUUGCCAACUAAGAUAAUAAAUGGCUUGAUUUCACAGACAGGAGCUGUUGUACCAUGGAAUGGUACAUAUGGUACAUACACAAUGGUAUAUAUCCUAGACAUGGAACUGCCAUGAUAGAAUCAUAACAAGACAGAAUAGCCAACCAUUCCUUUGGGUGUUCUUGACCUUCCACUAAGUGGUCUAGAUUUAAAAGUAGAUAAAAUGGGGCACCUGGGUGGCUCAGUCGUUAAGCGUGUGCCUUCGGCUCAGGUCAUGAUCCCAGGGUCCUGGGAUCGAGUCCCACAUCGGGCUCCCUGCUCGGCAGGAAGCCUGCUUCUCGCGCUCCCACUCCCCCUGCUUGUGUUCCUGCUCUCGCUGUGUCUCUCUGUCAAAUAAAUGAAUAAAAUCUUUAAAAAAAAAAAUAAAAGUAGAUAAAAUGAUUUAAUACAAGGCCAAAUUUUCUUAAAUUUCAAGUGGCGAAGUUGUUUGUUCUGAUUCUAUUUUAAUAUUUUCAUUUUUUUAUCCACCAAACCCUUUCAUCUAUUUAUAUAAUCUCGUGGUGCUGCGGCUACUGGGUCUCUUGAUUAGAACUGUGGCUGUUAGAAAGGAAGAGAAAAGGUUUUGAAUGGGGUGUAGCAACCUUUCAGAAAUAGGACAAUCACCCUUCUACUACCUGCAGAAUGACUUGGUGGGGCCAGAGUUAAUAAAGGAAUGGAACGAAGUUUUGUUGAUUGGAAGAUUUGAAGAGAUAGAGGCCAGGAUAAAAAGAUAACUUGGAAGCAUGUAAUAAUUCGGGAGAGACUAGAUCUAGAAGAAGUAUUAGAUCCCCAAACAGAAGCAUGGAUUAUACCUGGCUUUGGGUAGAGGGAGGAAAAUUGGAAGAAAGGGGCAAUGAAAAUCAUCUAUUUCAUAUCCAAAUAUCAAAAUUCUCAACUGUGCCUCCCUCCAUUGCUGGUGCCUGAUUUUUUUUUUUUUUCUUUACUCUAGUUGUCACUGUUACUGCUCUAAGAUUGCUGGAAAGCAGAAAAUUCUAAGUAUAUCUCAACUAAAAAUAUUUAAGCAUAUAUAGUUGAUGCACUGAAAUAUGACUUGAGUCUGAAAGAUAAUCAACUUAGAAAUUUUUGCUCUUAACCAAAAUACAACUUUUCAAACAUUUUUAUGUUUGCUUCUUGUACAACUGAUGAUGUAAAAUUAUAUAUCUAUCUUUGCUGUAAUUGAGCCCUUCUACCCCUCUGCUCUCCUCAUUUCUCAGUCCACCGUUUCGACACAUAAAACCCUUUGUCUGAGGAUGGACAGUAAAUUUAGAUUCUUUCUUAACAUAGGCUUAGCUAUCAAUUAGUGACUUCUUCAAGAACCUUGGCAGCAAGGCUGAAAAACCAGAGCUUUGUCUCUGAAAGGAGAGGGAAGAGAAUCUGGGGAAGUUCCUUUAUCAGAGAACUUGCAACUCUCCCUCCAUUCCCCAUCUCCUCCAACCCUGACCCUUCUCUGUAGGGGGAAGAAAACAGUUAGGACCUGUGAUGUCUUAGUUUCCUCUUUGCCUGGGCAUAAAACCACAAAGUGGGCGCGCUUCCAUUUCCCUUGUAUUUUAUGCUUGUUUGUCUUGGAAGAAGGAAGCCUCUGUUUUUUGGCAGAAGCUUCAAAUGGUUCUUGUUUCUUGUCUCACUAAGGCAGAAGUAGCACAACAAUGGACCUGGCAGGGGAAACAGCUGAAAAGGCAGGCUUUUUACUUUUGUCUGAAAAGAGACCAUGGGAUAUAUAGUGCCCCACCAUUCACGAAGGCUGCACCCACUAAUCUUCUACCACUGUGAGAGCCCUCAUCUUUCUGUGCCGCUUGAAUAAGAAACCUUCCAUCCAAGUCAAAGUGCUCUAACUGAUGCCAAACCUGAAUCUGGAAAUAAAAAGGUUUUCCUAUAGGAGUAGGACUUUAGACUAUUAGUUGAGCUAUUAUCUCAAAGUAGAUAAGGAAGCCUUCCAGAUGGUUAGCCCAGGGCUCUUUGAAAUGACGCUUGAUGUGUUUAAGCUGAAGUCUUUAAGCAAAGACACCAAAGAAAGGCUUCUUUUCUG